AUGGCCCCGACUGCAUGUGUAUCGCAUGCUGAACUAUGCACCAUCAAACAGGACUAUCUUAAUAGUCUAGACCAUCACGGUCAGGUUAGCAGCCAUGGAGAGGACGACUUGUUGCAAUCUCGGUUGACGGCCAAGGAAUUGGUUCUGGAUGUGCUGAAGAAACGGGCCACCGAGGUGGAUGUGGACCGCUGUGGCCCUGGGGAGGAGGAUGCGUUCUAUGUCGCGGACAUGGGCGAGGUGUACCGCCAGCACCUGCGCUGGAAGAUGAAUUUGGGUCGCGUCAAGCCCUUCUAUGCGGUCAAGUGUAACCCGGACCCGGAGGUUCUUCGCCUCAUGGCCGAGCUCGGAAAUGGGUUUGAUUGUGCGUCCAAGUCUGAGAUCGAACUGGCUCUGCAGGCCGGUAUCGAGCCAAGCCGCAUCAUCUAUGCCCAGCCCUGCAAGACCAAGUCCUACCUGCGGUUCGCCGCCGAGGCAGGCGUCAAGCAGAUGACUUUUGACAAUGCCGACGAGCUGUACAAGAUCAAGGCGACUUUCCCCGACGCCGAGCUGUACCUCCGCAUUCUGACGGAUGACUCUACCAGCCUGUGCCGGCUGAGUAUGAAGUUCGGCGCUUCCCUAGAUGUGGCCCAGCAGCUGCUCGAGCUGGCACACCAGCUCGAACUCAAGGUUGUCGGCGUCAGCUUUCACGUUGGCUCCGGCGCAGAGGACCCUACUGCUUUCCUCAAGGCGGUCCAGGAUGCGCGACUGGUGUUCGACCAGGCUGAGGAAGUGGGCCACGUACUCCACACCCUGGAUGUCGGCGGUGGUUUCUGCCAGUCGAGUUUCGAGAAGUUUGCCGGUAUCUUGAGCGAUGCUCUAGAUAGCUACUUCCCGCCGCACAUCCGCAUCAUCGCCGAGCCGGGUCGCUACUACGUCGCCAGCGCGUUCACCCUCGCUGCCAAUGUCAUCGCGCGGCGCGAUGUCCCGGACCCGCUGGACCCCUCCCGCGAUGCGUACAUGCUGUACCUGAAUGACGGCGUCUACGGCAACUUCUCGAACAUUAUUUUCGACCACCAGCACCCCGUGGCCCAGGUUCUCACCAGCGCCGCGGACCAGCCUGCCUCCCGGGGCUCUCCGAAUCCUGCGACUUCGGAGAGCAUCUCGUACUCGAUCUGGGGCCCGACCUGCGACGGCAUCGACGUCAUCUCCGAGCGCAUCGACCUGCCGGGUCUUCUGAAUGCGGGCGACUGGCUCUACUUUGAGGAUAUGGGCGCCUACACCAAGUGCAGCGCUACUCGUUUCAAUGGGUUCUCCGAUAACCACGAGGUGAUCUAUAUUUCCAGCGAGACUGGUGCUUCUGCUCUCCUCAACUAUUAA